UGGAUGAUUGUACACUCAGCAGCCACACCUUUAAUUUUUCCUUUUAAAAAAACAAAACAAAAGAAAAAAGAAAGAGAAAAGAAUGGAGAUGGCAGCUCAAUUGGAUCGUACGAAAUACACGACCAAACUCGAUUAAGCACAUCAAUUUCAACGCCAGCUCCACACGCGUCGCGUUGCCGUUUGUAGCGUUCGCGAUUGAAUUUGAGCCCAGACCCUUUUACAGUUUACACCAAUCUCAUAGAUGCCACUACAUCAUUAUUAUAAAAACCGACACAUCUCUCAUCCACCCACCUCUCUCUCUCUCUCUCUCUCUCUCUCUCUCUCUCUCUCUCUCCCUGAGGAGUCAUCCACCGUCUGAGGCUCAGAUCUCAGCUCUCACUUCGAAGCCAUGGCCGAGAAGGGCAAGGAGAAGGUAACGAUGAUGAAGCUGAAGGUGGAUCUGGAGUGCUCCAAGUGCUACCGCAAGGUCAAGAAGGUUCUCUGCAAAUUUCCUCAAAUAAGAGACCAAGUGUUCGAUGAGAAGUCAAACACGGUCAUCAUCAAGGUGGUAUGCUGCAGCCCGGAGAAGAUAAUGGACAAACUCUGCUGCAAGGGAGGUGGCUCCAUCAAGUCCAUCGAGAUCCUCCAACCUCCCAAGCCCCAGCCCCAGCCCCAACCCCAACCCCAGCCUCCCCCUAAGCCCAAAGAACCUGAACAACCCAAGGCCCCCGAAAAACCCAAACAGUCCGAAAAGCCCAAAGAGCCCGAAAAGCCCAAAGCCCCUGAGAAACCUAAGACUCCCGAGAAGCCCAAAGAGGCCGAGAAACCCGCACCCAAGCCUGCCCCUGCCCCUGCCCCCGCCCCCGCUCCCGCCCCCAAGCCAGCUCCAGCUCAAGCUCCAGCUCCAGCCCCGGCCCCUGCACCCAAGCCAGCCCCAGCCCCAGCCCCGGCACCGGCGCCGGCCCCCAAACAGCCGGAACCGAUGAUGCCACAGCCGGCGUUACCAGGACAGCAGAUGGCAAUGUGCUGUGGGCCAUACUAUAAUGGGCCUUGUUUCCAUGGCUACGGAAUCCCGGCCCCUUACUACGAGUGUUACGGUCGCCCCGUCUACGACAGCUGGGGCGGUGGCCCUCCCAACCGCCACUGUCACCCCUCCCGUUGCGAUUACUUCAGCGAAGAGAAUCCCCAGAGCUGCUCCAUCAUUUAAUCCUUCUCUUCCCAUACAUAAUUUCCUUUUAUUUUCCCCUUGUAAUGUUUACGAUUUGUUUUAAACACGAUAUAGAGGUGCAAUAGUAUACGGUAAUGGAUAAGCAGAAUAAGGAUGAACCUUGGUAUUUGUAAAUGGUAGCCAAUUGGUUGUCCCAUUUACGGGUGUAAUACAGAGGGUGUUAUUUCAUUUUCAUAUAUUAAAAAAAAACUAAAAACCGUAAUGACGUGCCUUUCCCGUUCAA